GGACAGAGAGAGAGAGAGAGAGAGAGAGAGAGAGAGAGAGAGAGAGAGAGCGCGCACACGCAGUACAUUACACUUUGCACCUUCGGAAAUCAUUUCGGUUUUAGAUCAUUUAGCUCUUCCACAUAACGACUGUCUCUUCCUGUCACUUCACCACAUGCGUUCUCUCUUUCCCUCUAUUUCUUCAGAAUGAGUCUUCCAGAUUCUCACCCAGAUUCUAAUGGCUGUGGUUCUGCCAGUUACAAGACGAACCUCCGAUUUCUAUCCGGAAACAUCUUAAAUGAACAAGGCUCAAUUUCCAAAGAAUCUAAAGAGAACGAAAGGUUCUACCUCCCCAGGAGCAGUCCUGUCAUAUCUCGGAGUCAGGAGAAGAAAAUGAAGAAACUGUCUUCGGUCGCUUUAAAUAAUAAAGUUUUCCAUGAACACACAGCAGAAAGAAUCAGAAAAAGACAGGAACCUUCUCAGGUUGGACUUUCAUCUGUUUCGAAAACACUCCAGAAUAUUUUCUCAGAAGAACAAACAUUUCCUCCUUCAGCAUCCUUGUGUUUGGACACACACUGUGCUCCAGCAUCUGUCAUGGAGGCAGAAUGUUCUGACAAGCAAAGAAACCCAAAGUCCCAAUCUUCUUCAUGCGAGGAUCAUGAUCUUCUAAACACUGGAACCUCACCACGUGAAGAACACGAGGAGCAAAUCUCUGAAGCUUUCUACAGGAACAGCGUGAACCUCGACCAGGAGAAUGCUCACUUUGUAGUGGUGGAUAUGGUGCUGGAGGUUCUAGAAGCAGCAAAGUGGGCUUUAUCCCAAAAACAUUCAGACUCUUUUUCCUCCACUGACAGCGGAUAUGAAGAACUUUGUGACCACAGACAUUCGUCCAGGAGAAGUUCUGAGACUUCACUCGGGAGAUGUUCAGCAGAAAUUCUUGCACAGAGCUUGCUCAUGGAACUUGAGAGAUCCUGGAUUACCUCAGAAGAGCUGCUAGGAGAAUUUCCCCUGGUUACAGUCUCCAUGUCAUCAGGAGGUGAAGCCAGCUUGAGCGACGAGAUCCGUCAGAAAAGCCGAAUGAGGGGGACGCUGAUUUGGUCUCCACCCCAGUUUCAGAUCAUUACCAGUGUGAAUCCGACACAGAGACGCAGUGAGGUCAUAACCUCUCAGCAGUUCCUGUGCGCUGGAUGUGGGACAGAAAUUGAGCCACGGUACAUGAAGAGGUUGAGAUACUGUGACUACCUGGGCAAGUAUUUUUGUGAUGGUUGCCAUGGCGGUGGCGAAGCCGUAAUCCCGGCACGUGUUUUGAAUCACUGGGAUUUUGGACGGUAUCCAGUGUGCCAGUUUUCCAAGCAGAUAUUGGAGUCUAUUUGGGAAAAGCCACUGUUCAAGAUCACAGAUGUAGCAAAGAACCUUUACGCUCAGGCCAAGGAGCUGCAGAAAUUCAAGGAGCUCCAGGAGCAGCUGCUCUCCAUUAAGAAGCUCCUAAGAACAUGCAGACUAUCUAAAGGGGUCCUGGCCGAGUUCCAGCAGCUUCCAACAUAUCUAAGCGAAGAGCUCCAUCUUUUUGCCAUGAAUGACCUCGUUAUGAUCAAAAGAGGUCAGCUCGUUACCACGGCAAAGGCAGUGAUGCGAUCUGCGACGUACCACGUGGAGGCUUGUGAACUGUGCCAGGCCAAAGGCUUUAUCUGUGAGUUCUGCCGUGGGAAGGAUGUGCUUUUCCCUUUCCAAACAGACAUCUGUACACGCUGCAAAGAGUGUAGAGCUUGUUUCCACACUUCCUGUUUCCGAGACGAAGCGUGUCCUAGGUGCGCCCGACUCCAAAGCAGAAGAAGCAGGACAUGAAAAUAGAAAACAAUUUUUUUUAAAAAUCAUGAAAUUCAUAAUUACUUACAAAUUUACAGCAAAAACCUUAUUGAAGUUUGUAUAUUUUACCAGUUCGGAAUUCUGUUUUAAUAACUUAGAGAAGCCUUAAAAUUUCCCAGAACUACUUUUAUUGUCUUUUCUCUAAGCACAUGACCGAAUACUGUGUAUUCAUAGAAAAAAUAAUGCCAUGCAUUCGACUAAAUAAAACAUUUAAAACUGUUGA